CACGUAAAUGGCCUCCAAACUAAAGGAUGUUUCCAAACUAAGGCUGGUUCUGGUGGAGGGUGAUGAUUACGCUAAAAGUGCUGGGGAACUCUCACUAACAGACGACAAAUUUCGAAAUAAAAACAUUUGGGUUUUUCAAAGUAACAGCCGAAUGAUGUUCUACACAGGCACUUCGUGGGUAAUUACUGCAACCCAGUACAUGCAAGAUGUCCUUGGUGGUAGCACAGGGGGGUUUGAAUCAUCAAAGCCCGCUGAAGAACCAUAUGAAGCAAAUUGGAGCCCUAAAUUCAAGGUAAGUGAAGAUGUUAGGAAACUGCGUUUUGUCGCGAAAGUGGGAGGAGGAAGAAAUAAACCCAUACCCCCUCUUCCCUUUCUUCCUUCCUCCCACAAGGAUACGAACCUAAAAGUCUUGGUACGAUGCAAUAUAUUUAUAGUACCUAAAGCCAGGGCAUAUAGUCAGUUCACAUCUGUCCAGAGUACGUAUUAUCAUCUUUGUGUUGUUCACUCGACAAGCCAUGGUCACGUAAGAACAUAGUAUGUGGCCAUGCUCACCGGCGUAGUCUCUUACGAGUUUACUGGAAGAUUAUAGAACCGAGAUUUCUUAAACUCUGAAGUACAAAUCUACGUGGAGCAACCCUUCUUUCUUUUUUUCUUUGUCUCUUGAUAAGUGAAUGACAUCUCUUUCCCAGGUCAGUGAAGUUUACCUCUCAAAUAAAUGGGUGGUAGCUGAACAGCCAUACCGUUCACCUUCGGUUCAUAUUUGGUGGUCAGCGCCCGCCAAUCCAGAAGUACAGCGGGAAGGGGUUACCUGGUUCUACAACGAGGUGAUCGUUAAAGAGACAGCGGGUAGCAGUUACUUCAUGACUAAUGGUUUCACUGGAGGCUACAUGGGCAUUCAAGAUCGUUCUCCUAAGUGGGUACUCUUCUCCAUUUGGGACAAGACCUCGACAGAAGACGAUCCGAAUGCAUCGCCGGACGACUUGGUCAAAGUGCUUGCCCAUGGUGAAGGCGUCACAGUUAAACGCUUUGGAGGCGAAGGAACAGGUGGCCAGAGUUAUCUUACCUAUGACUGGAAGGUAGGCCACACAUAUCAGCUCAUGGUGAACGUGAAACCAGAUGCAAAAGAAAACGACAAGGCCGUCUUCACGGGUUGGUUCCGCAUCCCAGAGCUGAAUAUCUGGCGACUGUUAGCAUCAUUCCAGGUUCGUCCUCAGGCAGCAAGCAAGAAACUGGAGAAUCCCUACUCGUUUCUUGAAGAUUGGAUUGGAAAUGGCUACCGCCGUAAGGGCUUGUGGGGUCCAGCAUGGAUCAGAACAGACCGUGGUCCUUGGGUGCAAGCUACACACGGAAGAGGUACAACCACAGAGUACGACGCCAACAACAGAAACGCCUUCCUGUCUGAUGACCGUAAGCAUCUGGGGAUGACUACUGGUGGACCAACACUGACAGAUACAUCCUUGGGCCCUUAUACAUGUGAUUCCUCCAGUAUUCCAUCUGUUCUACGCUUGAAUCCUCUCCCAGACCGCGAUGGAGCUCCUGCCCGCGAAUCCUAGACUCCCACCGUCAGUAUCUGAGAGCUCAUUUACAAAGCACCUAG